AUGCGCACUCGAACCGAGUCUGAGAUCAUGGAAUUCUGGCGCAAGCGCAAUGGUAGGACGCACGUCAUGGACCUCCCAACCGAGGUCCGCCUUUUGAUCUUCGAGAUGGUCAUUGCCUCAAGCGGCAAGAUCUACCCCCUUAUCAAGAGCAAGUGCUCCCAUAAUCAACGGAUUUUGGGUAACUCAGCGGAAGAGAGGAUGAGCACACAUGUCAUCAUGGGCAUUGGAUAUUGCAUGAAUGCAAUGGAGGGUGACCAUGAUGUCAAGUUCUACACCUUCACGCAAGAUGACGAGAAGUUCCCUGCAACUGUCCGUGUCUCAGUCAUUCCCCGCGAAGGCGCUCUUCACCCUAACAAGAUCCACGUGCGCAUCUCUGGACAAUUGGUGCCUGUUCAACAAUGGCUUGUUGACAUGGCGAAGAACAGCAGUGCCAUGCGUGGCCGUACCCCCGAAUCGAUCUAG